AUGUCCUGGUCCCAGAAGCAGUUCACCCUCCCGCCUCGCAGCCGGGGCUCGUACCUGAUCACCGACCACGUGGUCUCGGCGCUGCCCGAGCUGCGGGACUACAAGGUCGGCAUCCUGCACCUGUUUGUCCAGCACACGUCGUGCGCGCUGAGCCUCAACGAGAACUGGGACGACGACGUGCGCGCCGACAUGAGCGACGCGCUGGACCGCAUCGCCCCUGAGGCCGGCGCCAAGGGCGAGGAGCUGUACCGCCACUCUGCCGAGGGGCCCGACGACAUGCCCGCGCACAUCAAGAGCGCGCUGGUCGGCGCGAGCGUGACGAUUCCCAUCCGGGAUGGCAAGCUUGCAACUGGCACAUGGCAGGGUAUUUGGUAUUUGGAGUUCAGGGCAGUCAAGCACACAAGACGUGUUGUGGCAACGAUUCAGGGCGAGAAGGCGUAA